AAACGAAAAAAAACGCAUUUUUGAGCCUCUUCAUGGUGCUAACUGGUGUGCGCAUUCGUAAACAAACCCAAGUAAACAAAGCCAAUUUGACAGAUGGCGAAACUUCUCGAACGGUUUUUAUAUUGGUCGAUAUAAUUUUAUCGGCCUGUAAGUGAAAUGCGUACGCGACACCAAUUCGAGUAGAUAAAUUUUUUGGUCGAUAUAGCCAAACCAGUGGUUAAUUUUUAUCAACUGGUUGGCGAUAGGCGCCACUGAUUACGUCAUCAUCUAUAAGCUGUUACCAAAGGGCACAAAGGCAAGCACAUUGACUUUCAUCUCAUUUGAAGUCGGGAUGUCGCUUGACAUUAAGAGCAAGGCUCUGUCCGCAUCUACAUGGCACAAAAGAAUUAUCUAUCGCUAAUUCAUUGACCAACGCACCACUACAGCGACCAGCACCUCGAGACCCACCUUCAACGACCCAAGAGCCUGCACCUCUGUAUCCUUUGAACAUAACAAUACACCAUCCGUUGACACAAACAAUGGCACCAUCUACAAUAGCACAAUCACACAUUGCGCAAACAAUAGCACCAGAAAAAAAUGUAAUCACAAGAGCAAUUUUAAGCACCACAGGAGAUUCAGCAUUCCUUUUGACAACCAAAACCGAUAUGUGUUGAGAGCCUGUGUUUACCACGAAAUAUGUGCCUCUCAUAGGUGACAGUUGCUGGUCACCUUGAUGACGUGUGCACCGGGAUGCUGGAGAGCGAACGGAGAAACGCUCUCUCCUGUACCGACCGUCGACGAGACAGUAUCGCUUCCUUACCGCUUUUUAUAUAUCGUGUUGUUUAUUUAUAUUGUACUAAUAUUUUAAUGUGUUACUUUUAGAAAUAUACGUUUUAAACCAAAGAACACAAAAGUGGCGACGAGGAGAAAAAAACGCCUGACAACGUAGACACACAAAAGCACGUUAGAAGAUACACGAUGCUGAACUCAGAUGACCGCAACAGUGACCAACAGCCAUCGCGGAGCAGCCAUGAAAGCCACCGGCAAAGCAGCGUCCCUGAUCCGAAUACCGCUUGGAUACAUGAAAUGUUCAAGCAGCAGCAGAGCAUCCUACACCAACAGCAGGAAGCAUUUAUGAAGCAGCAGGAAAGUUUUUUAACCCGGAUGAUGUCGUCGAUGAACGUGAGUGAGCCAAACGGGCCGGAGUUUUUAGUCGAAUCAUUGGCGAAACAAGUGACGGAGUUUCGGUACGAUCCUGAGGAAAAUGUUACCUUUGCUGCGUGGUAUAGGUGGUUCGAGGGGCUUUUUGAGAAGGAUGCUGCUAAAUUGCCAGAUGAUACCAAGGUGCGAUUGUUGUUGCGGAAACUUGGAGUGGCAGAACAUGAGCGGUACAACAGUUAUAUAUUGCCGCAGAAAGCAAGUGAUUUUUGUUUCGAGGAAACAGUAGUGAAACUGCGCGCGCUGUUUGGAUCGAAAGAAUCGUGCGUCAGCAAGCGAUAUAAGUGCUAUCAAAUGCAAAAAACGAGCUCUGAGGGUUACGUUACGUUUUCGUGCCGGAUAAAUAAGGCUACCGAAGAAGCGGAACUAGCCGGGCUCAGCAUAGAGACACAGAAGUGUUUGAUUUUCGUGUGUGGCCUGAAAGAUGAGCAGGAUACCGAUGUGCGCAUGAAAUUGCUGAGCCGUAUGGAAGAAAAGAAGGAUAUUACUCUGGCACAACUAACAGAGCUGUGUGAAAAACUAACGAACCUCAAAAGAGAUACAACCUUGCUUGCGGGUGAAAGUAAAGUCCAAAUGAUUGGCCAAGAAAAGUGUCGAAGCACUAAGGGAAAGUGGCAAGGUAGUCGGAAGCUACACCAACGUCCGGAAAAGCAGAGUAGAGUGCAAUGUUUUUUAUGCGGCGAAGGCCACUGGGCUAGAAAAUGCACAUUUAAGCAUCAUAAAUGCAGCAAGUAUUUUAAGUUUGGACAUAAGGAAGGAUUUUGCAAUGCAGCGUCUCGGUGGACGAACAGAAUGAGGCAAAAUCGCAAUGUAAGAAGCGUGACGGUUAAUACGGUCAGGAGUGGACGUGGAUGCGUCAGAGUUGUCAUCAAUGGCACACCGUUGGAAAUGAUGCUUGAUACAGGCGCUGAUAUAACGAUUAUUUCGCGUAGACUGUGGCAUCAUGUUGGAAAACCUGUAUUGAAACCUUCAAUGGUUAAAGCGAGAACUGCAUCUGGUGAUUUGUUGCACAUCUUAGGCGAAUUUGCUGGUUCCAUGAUCGUAGCGGAACAAUGCAUGAGUUGCGUGAUUCGAGUAACUACGGCGGAUUUGGCACUUAUUGGGAAAGAUGCCAUGGAUAUAUUCAACCUUUGGGAUGUGCCGCUGACGGCAGUUUGUAAUCGUGUUGGUUUGGAUGAACCGUGCAGUGCAAUAUUACAGAAGGAGUUCCCAAAACUUUUUUCCGGCAAGCUAGGUUGCUGCACUAAGGCGAAAAUUCAGUUGGAGCUGAAAGAAGGUGCACCUGUUUUUCGUCCGAAGCGGCCUGUAGCCUAUGCGAUGUUUCAAGCGGUGGACAAGGAGCUUGAACGGCUGGAAAACGAUGGAAUAAUUUCCAAAGUGGAUUAUUCAGAAUGGGCGACGCCAAUUGUUGUUGUGCGUAAGUCAAACGGAACUAUACGAGUGUGCGGAGACUACUCGACGGGCUUGAACGAUAUGCUGCAACCUCACCAAUACCCGCUUCCUCUUCCUCAAGACAUAUUUGCAAGUCUGGCCACCUGUACGAUUUUUAGCCAGAUAGACCUUUCGGAUGUGUAUACAUAUACAGUGUAUACAGUGUAUACAGCCAACCGCUUACAGCGUUAUGCAUUAACGCUGCUUCUGUAUGAUUUUCAAUUGGAGUACGUGCCUACAGACAAGUUUGGUAAUGCCGAUGUGUUGUCGAGACUAAUAGCUAAACAUGAAAAACCUGAAGAUGACUACGUGAUCGCAAGCAUUGAAAUAGAGGAAGACUUACGAUCUGUUGUGAACAGUGUGAGUAAAGCCCUACCGUUGAAGUUCAGUGAUGUUGAACACGAAACGAAAACUGAUGCUCAAUUGCGGAAGGUGUAUGAAUUCACUAGAAAUGGAUGGCCACAUGCAGCAGUGAGAGACAGGACUUUGAGCAAUUUCCACAGUAGGCGUGAGUCCUUAUCUACAUUUGGUGAUUGUCUCCUUUUUGGAGAAAGGUUGAUAAUACCAUCGUCGCAGCGAUACAAAUGUUUGCAGCAGCUACACCUAGGCCAUCCAGGAAUAGAACGGAUGAAGGCCCUGGCUCGAAGCUAUGUGUACUGGCCUGGCCUUGAUUCGGAGAUUGAGAGCCUUGUUAAAUCGUGUCGACAGUGUGCAAUGGCAGCCAAAUCACCUGUAUCCAGUUUACCAAUCUGUUGGAUGAAAGCGAAUGCGCCGUGCCAGCGAGUGCAUGUGGACUAUGCAGGUCCUAUCGAGGGUGAUUAUUUUCUGCUAGCGAUCGACUCUUUUUCAAAGUGGCCGGAAAUCAUCCCUACCAGGACAAUAUCAUCUACAGCCACCAUUCGCAUUCUUCGCAAUAUAUUUGCACGUUUCGGUAUGCCAACUGUCCUCGUGAGCGAUAAUGGAACUCAAUUCACAAGCGCAGACUUUGCAGAGUUCUGUAACACAAAUGGUGUUGAGCAUAUCCGUACGGCACCCUUUCAUCCGCAGUCGAACGGGCAGGCGGAAAGGUUCUUCGACACCUUCAAAAGAGCGUUUAAGAAGAUAAGAGAAGGGGGAAGUAGCGUAUCAGAAGCAUUAGAUACCUUUCUAUUGACAUACAGGAGUACGCCGAGCAAACUGUUGGAGCAGAAAUCGCCUGCUGAAUUGAUGUUCAGCCGAAAGAUAAGAACUUGCUUGGAACUGCUACGUCCACCACAAAGAUUAGAUCCUGUAUCAGAAGGUAAUCCGAGAAAAUUUAAGAUGAACGACCUGGUGUAUGCAAAGCAAUAUCGUCGGAAUAACUGGAGAUGGGUUCCAGGUAUGAUCAGCGGACGCAUCGGUAGAGUGAUGUAUGAAGUAACUAUUGAGCAAAACAGGAAGAUACGUUCACACGUUAACCAGUUGCAGAAACAAGUUGAUAGAAAUAACACCAGUAAGGUCACAGCCCAGCUGGAUAACACUUCAAAUACGUCGUUGCCUUUGAAUGUGUUGUUAGAUGCAUGGAACAUGGUUGAGGAAGUCCACUAUCCAGACGCUUAUCAAACUACUAGUCAACAUGUGGAAGAAACUGCAAAAGAUUGUACGUCCUCUUCAUCGUCAUCGUGCCCAACGUCAUCAUCAUCAUCAUCAUCAUCGUCCCCAUCUUCAUCGUCAUCGUCAUCACCAUCUUCAUCGUGCCCAGCUUCACCGUCAUCGUCAUCGUCUCCAGCCCCAUCGUCAUUGUCUCCAGCCCCAUCGUCAUCGUCCCCAACUUCAUCGUCAUCAUCAUCGCAGCGGUCUGCAAAAACGUUCUUGUCACCGACCUCGCCAGGGUUUGAAACGGCUGACAGUGGCACGCCUUCGCCUGUACAACCUCUACGUCGAUCUUCGCGGGUUCGAAGAUCACCUCAGUGGAUGGCAGCGUACAAGCGAAUCUAAAGAAGGGGGGAUGUUGGGAGCCUGUGUUUACCACGAAAUAUGUGCCUCUCAUAGGUGACAGUUGCUGGUCACCUUGAUGACGUGUGCACCGGGAUGCUGGAGAGCGAACGGAGAAACGCUCUCUCCUGUACCGACCGUCGACGAGACAGUAUCGCUUCCUUACCGCUUUUUAUAUAUCGUGUUGUUUAUUUAUAUUGUACUAAUAUUUUAAUGUGUUACUUUUAGAAAUAUACGUUUUAAACCAAAGAACACAAAAAUAUGUUUUUCUAUUACUAAAACGUCCGAGGUUUACGCACAAAAUUCAACGAUCUCCGGCUCACUGCAUCUAACUCUGAUUUCGAUGUAUGGGUGUUCACCGAGACAUGGUUAGACGACAAUACCCAAUCGACAAUGUGUUCAUUUUUGGAUGAAUUUUUGGCAGUCCUGCGGUAAAAUCUGCACGAAAUUUGCUCGAACUAAUCAAAUUUGAGAGUGUGUGCGAAACCGUCUGUAUUGCAUUGGGAUCUGUCAAGAUUGCGCGGCUUUGAAUGAAUCCAUCAACUUAUAGGGUGUUGUGUGUUUACUUGUUUAGGAAGUGUUAAUUUUUGUGAACCAAGUUAACAAGUGCAUAAACAUAGCAUUUUGGUUAAGUUACUGUUCAUCCUUCUGUAAUUGUCGACGCCAUGGCAAAAAUAAGUGGAAAAUUAUAUCGUCAACGGGAUAAAUUGUUAGAACAACUUUCUGCUGAAUAUGACGCUGAAGCAGGACCCAGCAGAGUGUUUUCAUCAUCAAUUGAUAAUACCUCGCAAACUGGUCGUGUAAGUUCAUUAUUUGAGUCCCAUCUCCCGGAUUCAGAACAUCCGGGCAGAGAAGAUCCGGCCAUCAUCUUCCCGGAUAGAUAUGGCAAAAGAAGGUGUCUCGAAAAUUUAAACGAGGAUACAUUUUCCAACGAGGGUUAUUUUAUUGCGCUAUCUUCAGAUAGUGAAACCGAUGAAAACGAUGCAAAUAUGGAAACUGUGGACACCAAUAAGUCUAAAAAAUAUCACAAUUGUGAAAAUCAUGAGGAUGUCAAAGAUUGCUUGAGACAUUUUGCCAUCACCCGAAAUCUGCCUCAAGAUACGGUUAAUGAGAUGUUGGAAAUUUUGAGAAGUAACACCAAUAUGGACCUUCCGAAAGACUGUCAAACCCUUCUUAAAACGUACGCUAAUAUUGGAAAAGAGAUGCAAACUAUACAAAGUGGGGAGUUUUGGUAUAAAGGCAUCGAGAAAUCGUUGCAAAAUUAUUUCAAAUCUUCUACUCCAUGCGCAGAGCAAUUUACGAUCCAGUUCUCUGUUGACGGCCUUCCCCUGCAUAAAAGUGGACGAAUGCAAGUUUGGCCCAUUUUAAUGAAAGUGGAAGAGGUAAAAAAUGCACCAAUAAUGAUGGUUGCUGCAUUUUGUGGUACCGAAAAACCAGGAAGUGUUGAAGAAUACUUACGUCAACUUGUGGAGGAAGCAAACAAACUUUAUCUUAAUGGAGUUCACAUAGGAAAUAAAACAAUCAAAUUUCAAAUCCGAGCUUUUAUAGCAGAUUCUCCUGCAAGAGCAUUCAUAAAGUCAACAUGCUAUUUUAAUGCUGUACAUGGAUGCUUCAGAUGCACUUGCGUUGGUGUGUACCAUCCCACUGGUCAUAAGGUGGUGUUCGAUUGUGUCGGGGCUCCAGUACGAACCGAUGAUAGAUUCCGAGAUAGGGAAUGCAUUCCACACCAUCAGCCUUUGCGAUCGCCUCUAGAAGAUCUGUUGAAUUUUGAUAUGAUUGAACACGUUCCUACGAGUGACCGUUUGCAUUUGAUUGAUCUUGGUGUAACUCGAAAAAUUAUCUGUGGAAUAUGGAUCGGAAAGUUUGUAUCCCUUUCUAGAUUGUCUGAUGCUCAGAAGGAGUUUGCAACGAAUUUUUUUACUGCGUUGCAGCUUCCCUCAGAAAUCAAUAGGAAAAUUCACGAUCCGUAUUAUAUGCACAAAUGGAAGGGCACGCAGUUUAGAACAUUUUUACAUUAUUGCAGCGUUAUAGUUAUGAAAGAACUUGUACCUGAAAGGGUAUACAAUCAUUAUUUACUUUAUUUUUGCGGGAUUACUAUAUUUUCAACAAAAUUCCAUCGCAAGCAUUGGAAAACUGCAGAGGUGUUCUUAAAUUUUUUUGUCCGUAACUUUGGCGCAAUAUAUGGUAGUGAACAUGUUACAAGCAAUGUUCAUAACCUUCAACAUAUUGCUAAAGAUGUUGAAAAUUUAGGACCAUUGGAUAAUUUUUCAAGCUAUGAUUUUGAAAACUAUCUUGGCAUUUUAAAACGCUCUGUACGUUCCGGAUUUAAAUGCGGUGUACAAAUUGCUGCUCGGUCUGAGGAACGUGCUAAUGUGCAUUCGCCCAAUCAUUCCGAUUGUCAAUAUCCUCGGAUAGUAUACAAUGGGAAUGGGAUUCAAUUAACUGCCAACUUUUUGUUGAGAGCGUCAACAAGAGAUGAAUGGUUUUUAACCAAACGUAACGAAGUCGUCAAAUUUAUGAAACUUAAUACUAAUCCCUCGUUGGUCGUUGUUGGAAACCGAUAUGAGUAUGUAACUGAUGUUUUCUAUAUACGUCUUAUUGAAAACGAUGAGGAGAUCGAAUUAUCAUCUGCAGAUAUCUACAUCUACGAGGCUGACGAUUGUAUACCUACAGCAGUAGAAGAAUUCUCUUUGCACCAUAUAAGAUGUAAGCUGAUAGCUGUGACUUCCCCGGCAAACCCUGGAUUAAAGCAGUUUGUCCCUCUUUUGCAUACUUUUGUUAUUGACAGUUAAAAAUAUAAUAAAGAUGAUGAAAAACUUAGCAAAAAGGAUGGAAUAUUGA